AUGUCCUCAUUGAAGAAUGUCCUUUAUUUCCAAGUUGGACUUGGAGUCCUCAACAAUAUGUUUCUCCUUUUUUGCUACGUUUUCAUAAUCCUAGUUCAUAAAUCUAAGCUCAUGGAUCUGAUCUCCUGUCAACUGACCUUCAUCCACAUAGUGCUGAUCCUCUCUGGAGAGGAUAUUUGGCUUACAGGUAUAUUUGAGUCACUGAACUUUGAGAAUGACUUCAAAUGUAAGGCAACUUUUUACGUAAACAGAAUAAUGAGAAGCCUCUCCAUCUGCAUCACCUGCCUCCUGAGUGUGUUCCAGGCUGUCACUAUUAGUCCCAGCACCCCUUUGCUGGCAAAAUUUAAACAUAAACUAAAAAAAUACAUGAUCUAUGCUUUCUUAUUUAUUUGGGCUCUCAAUUUGUCAUUCAGUACUAGGUGGAUCUUCUAUGUUGGGGCCUUUACCAAUAUGAGUGAGACCAACCAGAUAAAGAUCACUAAAUAUUGCUCACUCCUCCCCAUGAACUACAUCAUCAGGGCAAUUAUUUUAACAGUGACAACCUCCAGAGAUGCAUUUAUUGUAGGAGUUAUGAUGACCACAAGUGCAUACAUGGUGAUCAUCUUGUUCAGACAUCAGAGGCAAUGCAAGCAUCUUCACAGCCUUAGCCACCUGAGGGCUUCCCCUGAGAAAAGGGCCACGCAGACCAUCUUGAUGCUGGUGGUUGUCUUUGUGGUCAUGUACUGGGUGGACUUCAUCAUCUCAUCCUCUGUACUUCUGUUAUGGAUGGCUGACCCAGCUGCCAAUGCUGUUCAGAAGUUUGUGUUGAAUGUCUAUCCCACGAUAACUCCUUUGGUACAAAUCAGUUCUGAUAACAGAAUAAUCAAUAUUCUACAAAACACUCAAUUGCAAUGCCAUUCAUUAGUAGUUAUAACUUUGGGCUUCAAUCAUUUACUAGAACAACAACAGAAGCCUGAGCACGGGUCAAGGCAGCUGACCUGGUGGUGGCAGCAACAAGAGGAAUUCAUCCAGGGAAAGCCUGCAGCCCAUGGGGAGAAGGAGCCUGCCAUCGGGAAAGCAGACACAGGGGAUAUGCAGAAGAGGCACACGUGGCAGGAAGUUAGCACGCAGAGCUGCCUGAAGGCAGAGCGGGCCAGUGGGUGA